AAUGACAUGGAAAGAAAAAACCACACAAAAACAUCACAGUUCCUUCUUCUUGGCCUCUCAGAAGAUCCAGAGCUGCAGCCCAUCCUCUUUGGACUGUUUCUGUCCAUGUACCUAAUCACAAUGCUUGGGAACCUGCUCAUCAUUCUGGCUGUCACCACUGAUUCCCACCUCCACACCCCCAUGUACUUUUUUCUCUGUAACCUGUCCUUUGUGGAUGUCUGUUUCAUCUCCACAAUAGUCCCAAAGAUGCUGAUGAACAUCCAGGCACAAGACAAAAGUAUCUCCUACAAAGGAUGCCUUACUCAGGUGUAUUUUUUUAUGAUUUUUGCUGGGAUGGAUAAUUUUCUACUGACUAUGAUGGCUUUUGACCGCUUUGUGGCUAUCUGUCACCCUCUCAACUACACUGUGUUCAUGAACCCUCAAUUCUGCGGCCUCCUGGUUCUGAUAUCAUGGAUGAUUAUAUUCUGUAGCUCCAUGAUUCAUAUUCUACUAAUGAUGAAACUGACCUUCUCUACCAGGACUGAAAUCCCACAUUUCUUUUGUGAAUUAGCUCAGGUUAUAAAAGUUUCCAGUUCUGACAACCUCAUCAAUAUCAUCGUCCUAUAUGUCAUGACUGCUGUGGUAGUUGUGUUUCCUGCCACUGGCAUCCUCUACUCUUAUUUUCAAAUUCUCUCCACCUUAUUCAGAAUGUCUUCUGUAGCAAGCAAGUAUAAGGCCUUUUCCACCUGUGGGUCUCACCUCUGUGUGGUUUCCUUGUUCUAUGGAACAGCACUUGGUGUUUACCUUAGUUAUGCAGUGGCCACUUCUUCCCAGAAUAGUGCAAUUUCUUCAGUAAUGUACACUGUGGUCACACCAAUGUUGAACCCAUUCAUCUACAGUCUGAGGAACAAGGAUGUGAAGGGGGCCCUGCAAAGACUCUUCAAAAAGGCACCUAGUUUUCCUUCAUGA